AUGGUUAUUUCUGGUGAUGACGUUAAUGGAAUUGCAAUGUUGAAGUUAGAAUUGGCUAAUCAAUUUGAAAUGAAAGACUUGAGUUCUCUACGUUACUUUUUAGGUAUCGAAGUGGCUUUCUCUCCAAAGGGUUUUCUUCUCUCUCAGUCCAAGUACAUAACUAACAUUCUUGAGCGUCCUCGUCUUACUGAUACCAAGACUGUUGAUACUUCUCUUGAGUUUAAUAUUCGAUAUUUUCCUUAUGAUGGUACCCACUUAUUGGAUCAUACUUUAAAUCGCACUAUUGUGGGCAUCUUUGUCUAUCGUACUAGUACUCAUCCAGACAUUGCUUAUGUUAUUCAUAUUAUCAGUCAGUUCGGUGCUUCCCUUACUAUUGUUCAUUAA